GCAGAAUAUUGACGAAUACCGUGAUAGAAAAGGAUUUAAAAACGUUUCAAAUAUGUUGUUUCACGAAUUAAAAAAUGAAAACGAAUUUCAGACACAACAGAACAAAUCAAAUAUUGAAAAGGAAAAAGCUACUGAUGAAAACGAUUUGAAUUUACUACCGAUUGAUACAAGAAGAGGUCAGUACCUACAAACUCAUUUAGAUAAUAAUAAAGCAGAUUCUGUUAAUGAAGAAUUGACAGCUCAAGAACCUGAAUUUAUUACUUCGACUACAGAAUUUACUAUCAGUAAGACAAAAAAAGGUAACAUCCAAAGAUCCUUAAGUAAUGAUAAUUAUAUUUUGAAUAGUGAAGACGAUGAAGAUGAUGAAGAUAUAUUAUUUAGUUUUGAAUUAAAUGAAGUUAAUAAUGAUACUACUAAAGAGGCAGAAACUGACAAAAAGACAAAUGACAGCGAAAAAACAAAUGAAUUAAUUAAAAAUAACAAAGAAAAAGAACUUAGUGAAAGUGUUUCUAUAGAAUAUAUAGAUAAAUCUUUGAAUUUGAACAUAAUAAAGAAACAUCCCGAGUUAAGGAAUAGUAUGAAAAUUAAUGAUUCAAUUAACUCGCGUUUUCUGUUAAUGGAAAGUCAUAGAAUAUGUUAUGCUUGUGUAAGUUCUAGUGAUGCAUCUUGUUUGAAACCAAACAGAAAAACGACAGUCAAAUAUUGUCAUAAAGAUAACAAAGCUUGCGUGGUUAAAAGUUACACUAUAGGACGUUCAAAUUACAUAAUACGAGAUUGUGGAUCCUCCUGUAUAUCUCCAGAUAUAAAUGAUUUGGCUAUAAACUAUGAAACAUGCUCUAUCUGUCAUUCGGAUUUAUGCAACAGCGCCUAUUCUAUAACAUUUAUAGCGCCGUCGAUAUUUUUAUCAAUUGCAAUAAACAAGAUGAUUUUUUAAUAAAGUUUCGAGUUUGCCC